GUGGUACUGUGUCUUAUUCACCGCCAGUCUGAACACUUCCCUGUGUGUCACAGUAUUCUGCUUUACAAGUGGAGUGAAAGACGUUAAAACUAAAAAAAAACUAAGUGGCACAGGGCGUUGUGUUCGUACACGAAGCUCAACAGAUUCGGUUCCAUGGAUGAAGAACUGCAGCCAGUUCUCAAGUACUACCAAGGUUCAUCAAUAGAAUCUGGGCUUGUGGCAGAUGCUGAUGGUUUCCACCUAAACAAUAAGAAUCUCACUAUAUUCAGUGGUGCACUUCAUUAUUUCAGAGUGCAUCCUUCCUACUGGGAAGAUCGCAUAGCCAAGAUUAGUGCUUUGGGACUUGUUGCGGUUGAGACAUAUGUACCAUGGAACUUACAUGAGCCUGAGGAAGGUGUUUACGACUUUGGAGAUGGAGACCGAGAAUUCUCUGCCUUUUUGAACCUAGAUUUAUUCAUCCAAAAGGUGUACGAAGCUAAUCUUCUAAUGUUGAUAAGGCCUGGACCUUACAUUUGUGCAGAGUGGGAAUUUGGUGGCUUACCAAGCUGGCUGCUCAGAACAUCUGGUAUCAAAGUACGAACUUCUGAUGAAAAAUACACUUCAAAAGUAAAAGCAUACUAUGAUAAACUACUGCCAAUUAUAGCAAAAUGGCAGUUUAUAAAAGGUGGACCUAUCAUUGCAGUUCAGUUGGAGAAUGAGUAUGGCUCAACUGGUGUCGUUGACAAAGAGUACCUGACAUUUUUACGUGAUCUGUACCUCAGUCAUGGAAUUGAAGGAUUAUUUUACACAUCUGAUUCUCCUCUUAGCAGUGGUGAUCGUGGAUCUUUGGAAGGAGCUUUACAGACUGCAAACUUCCAAGUCAAUCCAGAGGAUCAGCUCAACAGGCUAAAGGAAUUACAACCAGAUAAACCAGCAAUGGUCAUGGAAUAUUGGUCAGGAUGGUUUGAUCACUGGAUGGAGAGCAGUCACUCAACUACAUCGGUUGAAAGUUUCCGUGAUGUCUUGGAGAGGAUAAUAACAUUUCCGGCAUCUUUUAACCUCUACAUGUUUCAUGGAGGCACAAGCUUUGGAUUCAUGAAUGGAGCAAACAUUGCAGAUACAUUCCCAACUUAUACUCCAGAUGUUACUAGCUAUGAUUAUGAUGCACCACUUUCAGAGGCAGGAGAUUACACAGAAAAGUACACAGCAGUAAAAGAGCUUUUGGAGCAAUACGCUCCCAGACAAUUCCUCAAGGCAGAUGCUCCAAAAGAGAGUGAUAAAGUGGCCUACGCUGAUGUUCCUCUUCUUGGACAGCUGACUUUAGAUGAAAUUGUUGCACAAGUGGAUGCAGGAGACUGGGUUAAUUCAACGGAGAUUCUGCCAAUGGAAUAUCUUGAUAUCAACAAUGGCAAUGGCCAAAGUUAUGGGUUUGUGCUUUAUCGAAAGACUGGCGUAACAAUUGGAGAAAGCUCGGUCUUACAAAUUAUUGGACGUGUCCGAGAUCUUGCUAUAGUGCUUAUAGAUGGAGAAAGCAAAACUGACCCUCUUACCUCAGUUAUACAGUUAGAGGGAUUUGGUUUCUGGGAACAGAGUAAUGCCAGCACAACACUGAAUGCAGAUGGCAGUGUGCCACACACACUGGAUAUACUGGUUGAGAACUGGGGACGAAACAAUUUUGGAAGUCUUCUCAAUGACAAGGAUUUUGAUCAGCGGAAAGGAAUUGUGUCAGGACCUGUACUGGUUAAUGGGACAGCUCUUUCAGACUGGCAAAUAUUUGCUCUUCAAUUCAAGAAGAAAUGGUUACAGAGACUGACUGGAUGGCAACCAAUAAGUGAAGAAUCAGUUCGUGGACCUGUACUUAUUCGUGCCACCUUCAAUGUUGAUUCUACACCACAAGACACUUUCAUUGAUAUGAGUGCCUGGGGGAAAGGAUCAGUCUUCCUGAAUGGCUUCCCUCUUGGCCGCUACUUCAAUCUUGGCCCCCAGAGAACGUUAUAUGUGCCUGCUCCAUUGCUUAUCCAGGGGGAAAAUGAGAUACUCAUAUUUGAACUUUAUACAUCAGCUUCAAAAGUUGUCUUCAGUGAUGUGCCCAUUCUGGGAUGAAACAGAACCAGACAAUAAGGUUAUUGUAUAACAGGCAGAAUAAUUUUCUAAUCUUUGUAACUGCAAGGGAAACUUUUUCUGUUAAUAAGCGUCAACAGAAAUUACAUUACGAAGUUCAAAUUUUUGUCACAGUUAUUAUGGUAUAACAUGACAUUAUAAUUAUUGUGAAAUGUGAUUUAUUUUUCCCUAAACUUAGAAUUUUUAAAUAAUUUUAUUUGCUACACACGGGACAUGACAAGUUUUAAUGAAAAAGAAUGAAAUGUUUUAUA